AUGCAGAAAACAGGCUCAAAUAAUAUUGAGAUCCUAAGAGUGCAAGCUCUAUCAAUUCUCUGCACACCCCACCCUUUUCUUGAAUUUUCUGGGUUUGCUCCCAUUCCAGAUAAAGUUGAUUCAAUUCGUAGCAGAAAACAACAAAUUAAGAACGACACUCUUUUUGAUUUUGAUGGCUCUUCUCCCGUUCAAGAUAAAGUUGAUCCAUUUUGUAGUACAAAACAACAAAUUGACAACGACGCUUUUCUUGAUUUUGAUGGCUUUUCUCCAGCUGAAGAUAAAGUCGAUAGAUAUAAUAGAAGUAAAGAACAAAGGCAAGACAAUGAUGAAGAAAAUAUUGAAGAAGGAGAGUUUAGUUUUGCAUGCACCAAAGUCCGAGGACUGCAUAUAUUUGCCGAUGAGAUAUUUGAAAAUGGAAAAAUACGACAAAUACCACACACUUUUGACCAAUCUCUAUUCAUCUAUCCUACCUCAAAUAAUAAUGUCUCACAUCUUCGACCACCACUAAAGAAGAUCUUUAUUAAGAAUUCCGUAAAUCGACACUCAAUGCUAGGUGGUAUUUCAAAAGAAUCUCAAAACGAGUCAUUGCAGAAUAUGACAAUGGUGGAGAUAAAGGCUUCGAAUGAGUGUUACGAAAAAAGCAACUCCACAGGGUCAUCAAAUUUGUGGAAAUUUAGAGUUUUAUUGAAUGCUUCGGAUCCAAAAAAUUCCAGAAAGCCAAAGGUAGAAAACAUUGUUAAUAAAAAGAGGAAGGAUGAAAAACACAAAAAUGGAUUAUCAGCUUACGAGAAGUUGUACGUGUCUAAUAAAACAAGGAAGGAUAGCAACAAAAGAAGAUCAUUUUUGCCUUACAAACGCCAGUUAUUGGGGCUCUUUACCAACAUGAAUGGAUUGAGUAGGAACCUGCACCCCUUUUGA